AUGGUCUCCAUCAACUGUGCAUCCGCAGGAUGCGACUCGAAGAAUCGCAUAUGUCGCCCUCAUCCACUCGACCCUCUGUCUGCGGACGAGAUCAUACUCUCUGCGUCUCUCAUGCGGGAACACCUUGCUUCAGGCCGUCUCAAAUUCAAUUGCAUUACGCUCCACGAGCCCUCGAGAAGCGAGUACGCCGCCUUCCGCACCGGCACACUCAUCCAUCCUGACCGACGCUCCUUUGCCAUCAUCAUACACAAGACCAACGAGGUCCGCGAGGUAGUGACCAACCUGACCCAGAGAAAAGUCGAAACAUGCAAAACCGUCCGCGACGUGAUCGUGCUCCAGACACCGGACGAGGAAGCCCACGCCGAGGACGCUGCCCGACGAGACCCCCGCGUCGCGGAAGCAUGUCGCGAACUCGGCAUCACCGACAUGUCCAAAGUAUACUUUGACGCCUGGUCCAUCGGGUACGACGAGCACUGGGGCACCAAGCGACGCCUCCUCCAGGCGAUCCCGUACUACCGCGCGUCCGCGCUGGACAACCAGUACGCGCACCCGCUGGACUUCACCAUGCUGGUCGACAGGGAGCGGAAGGAGGUCGUCGCGGUGAAUGUGCGCCGGGUGCAUGGGCAGCGUACGCCGCUCCCUACCGCCAGCCACAACUACCACCCGCAGUUCCUGCGGGAGCACUAUCGCUGGGACAGGCUGCGGCCCAUCCUCACCACGCAGCCGUGCGGCGUGUCGUUCCACAUGCACGGCCACGAGCUGCACUGGGCCGCGCUCAGACUGCACGUCGGCUUCAACUACCGCGAGGGCAUCGUGCUCUCCGAUGUUCGCGUGGAGGAGGACCUCGGCACGGGCGAGCGCCGCGAGCGCAUGCUCUUCAACCGCAUCAGCAUCGCAGAGAUGGUGGUCCCGUAUGCGCAUCGGCAUGCGUUCGAUGUCGGCGAGUACGGCACCGGCGUGUCGACGAAUUCCCUCCGUCUCGGCUGCGACUGCAACGGGGCCAUCCAGUACCUGGACGCCAUGCUGUCGGCCUCGGACGGCACGCCGUACGUGAUCAAGAACGCCGUCUGCAUCCAUGAGGAAGACAACGGGCUGCUCUACAAACACACCGACGACCGCGACGGCACCGUCGUCUCCGCCCGCGACCGCAAACUCAUCAUCUCGCAGAUCAUCACCGCCGCCAACUACGAAUACGCCUUCUACCACUCUUUCACCUUGGACGGCACCUACCGCUGCGAGGUGAGGCUCACCGGCAUCCCGAGUACGUCCAGCCUGCACCCGCUAGACUUGGCCGCGUCCCGGAACGAAGUAGCGAGGGGCGUCGACGCGCCCAACCACCAGCACCUGUUCUCACUCCGGGUCGACCCGGCCAUCGACGGGGACCGCAACACCGUCGUGCAGAACGACCACGUCCUCGCCGAGGAUGCCUCGUCCGACAGCGCGUUCUACACGCAGAAGACCGCCCUUUGCACGGCCCGCACAGGCGCCAGCGACUACUGCCACGAGACCGGCCGCACCUGGGACAUCAUCAAUCCCAACCGGAUCAACCCGCGGUCGAAGAAGCCCGUCGCAUACAAGAUCAUCAACAACGACUGUCCGCCGCUGCGUGCGCGGCCGGGGGGCAGGUUGGCCAAGCGGGCGGCGUUUGCCCGCCAUUCGCUCUGGGUCGUGCCUUACCAGGAGCGCCAGAUCUUUCCUGCGGGUCAGUAUGUGUGCCAGAGAUCCGGGGAUGUGGAUCAUCCCGACAACACGGAUAUCCUCGACUGGGCCGCGCGGGAUGGAUGCAUCGAGGACGCCGAUAUCGUGUGCUAUAUCCAGUUUGGAGUGACCCAUGUCCCGCGCACGGAAGAUUUCCCCAUCAUGCCAGCGGAAACCGUCGGCGUGACCUUGCGCGCGUCGAACUUUUUCCAACAGAACCCGGCCCUAUGGGUGCCGCCAUCUGGUGUCUCACGACCCGGCGUAUGUCAUAGAGAAGCCUUGGAGACAACCGGCACCAACAAAGCAACCAAAACGCAUGAGAACGUUUGUUUGAACGCUGUGUCUAGUCUUUCGGGACUGAGCCUGUAA